AUGCUUAAGGGGAAAAAGAUUGAUGCAUUUUUCAAAAGAAAGAGAGGUGAUUCAGUUGAUGAACCAACAGCAACCGAAGCAAUGCCUAUUCAGCCAACGAACUGUGUUCAACCUCCUCUGUUGUUGCUCGAAUUUGAGCAACACGGACCACAUCCUUCAAUGCCUCAACAGCAAGGACAAAGCCAUCAAACUCAAACAAAUGAAGUACUAUUUCAAGGGAUUGAAUUCUUGCAGCGAGAUCCAGCACUACGUCCACAGAUUUGGCAAUAUCCACCUAAUCAAAGAGAUGAUGUGCGGCGAGCAUAUUUGAAGCUUGGUAUUAUGCAGCCCCGUUUGCAGAAUUACAAAGCCUAUGGUCCAGAAGGUCGCAAACGACGCUUUAAGUAUGACUGGUUCAAGGAUUUCCCAUCAUGGUUGGAGUACUCGGAGGACAGUCAUCGUGCAUAUUGCUUCUAUUGUUUCUUGUUCGGCAAAAACAAAAACAAGAAAGGUGGUUCAGAUGUCUUUACAGUGCGAGGAUUUGUAAACUGGAAGAAGGUCCAUGAUGGAAAGAAAUGUGCUUUCUUAAACCACAUAGGUUCUGAACCUUGCUCUGAACAUAAUAAUGCAACCAAAGCAUGCCAUGACUUCUUGAAUCAGCAAGGCCAUUUAGAAAAUGUUGUAGCAGUGGGCAACCAGAGGGAUAUAGAAAGAAACCAACUGAGGGUGAAAGUAUCAAUUGCAGCAGUUAAGUGGCUUACAACACAAUCGUGUGCAUUUAGAGGCCAUGAUGAAACUCCAGACUCAAAGAACAGAGGGAACUUUAUUGAAUUGUUAAAGCUCCUUGCAGAAUUCAAUCCAGAGAUUGCCGAAGUUAUUUUGGAGAAUGCUCCAUACAGUUCAAAGUAG